AGAGUCUUAUCUUUAAUUAAGUUGAAAGCCAAUUUACUGCGAACUGUAAAUCAAGCUAAAUAUGCUAUAAACUGAACAACUAAACAGACAAGAUUCGACUUCAUAGCUCACCAUUUCUGUCAUGAAGAGGUACUUUGGUUUCGUUACUUGCUGUUUUGGUCUUAGUUUUCUAACAGAAACCAUAGAAGUGGCGUCCCUGAGCGUUUGUCCUUCUUGGGAAGAAGUAGAACCUUGCUUCUGUGACAUUGGGUUUAAAGGCUUAAAAAUAUAUUGUACUAAUAUCUCUUCGUCUCUGGAAAUCGAGCAUCUGCGACGAAAUAUUCCACAGUAUGGCCCGAUAGAAGAACUUGUAAUUACAGAAUCUUCCUUACGCAGGUUGCCUAAAGACAUCUUUGAAGGAACUAAUAUAAGCUACCUUGCUUUAGACAAAGUGGAACUGAAUCCUGUGUCCGAAGAAGACAUUCCUUUUUUAGAAGGCAACUCCAACACAUUGGAAGAAGUUUACGUUUAUAAAAGCUUCCAAAAAGGUUCUGGAAAAAUAUCAUUUUCUCACCUGGAGAAUUUGAAAUUUCUUCAAAUAGUCUAUAAUAAUAUCGAUACGGUUCAUGGAUGGUUCAAGGGUGGCCCAUAUUUAUUAAAUGAGGUUGAGUUAGUAAAUAAUGCCAUCACGAGCAUUGGUGAGACGAGUUUCUCUGACCUUGUAAACCUAAGGAUAUUAAGCCUUCAAAGAAACUAUAUUUCUUUGGUGUCACGAAGUAUGUUUCCUAACAAUAUCAACACUCUGGACCUAAGUGACAACCAGAUCAGUGUUCUUCCCCCUGACAUCUUUACUACCAUGCUGAGUUUAGAGGAGAUCUAUAUAACAAAUAACAACAUCGUGAGUUUAGAGGAAAAAACUUGGAAACCAGUGUGGAAGCAGCUGGUGACUGUGUGGGUAGAAGACAAUCCCUUGGCAUGUGACAAGAAGCUGCGAUGGAUAUUGGACUUAGAUUUUCCCAAACACUUAUGGGGAUUCUGCGCGGCUCCUGAACACUUACGUGGGAAAGAUUUGGUAGACCUGAAGCCAGAAGAUUUAAAUAUAUGAAAUAAAUUCUUUUAUAAGUAUAUGCGUAGUGUUAUAAUACUUAUUGUGAUUUCAUUGGUUUCGUAAACUUUAGUAAAGUCUAUGCUAUAAAAGAAAAAUGUUUUGUUUUUGUAAUUCAAAAGUUAGUUUGAAAGAAACGUUAAUGUUGGUACCACAAUACAAUAUUGAUGUUUCAGCUACUCAUCACACUUAACAUGUUCUAAUUACAUCCAAUUAUUCAAAAAAAAACAACAUUGCCUAUAUUUUUUACUGUAGUGGCAGACUAGAAUGUAAAUCUUCCUGUAAUUAUUAUUAUUUACUCAUGUAUAUGGUAAGGAUGGGGUCAUAAACAAUGUAAGUAGAACUGAAAUGUAACAACUAAGUUAAAUUCCUUCCAACUAUAGAAACGGCAAUAAAACAUUCCAUGUUC